AUGCUGAUUAUCGGUCUCACCGGCUCAAUAGCGACGGGCAAGUCGACCGUAUCAAAUAUUCUCUCUACGCCACCUUACUCCCUCCCAAUUAUCGAUGCGGACGUUCUCGCCCGCAAAGUAGUCGAACCCGGCACUGCAGGCUACAAAGCAAUCGUCAACUACUUCGGUCCCACCACACCAGACCUCUUAUUGGAAGAUGCGCCUGCAAACCCGAAUGGCAAACCACUGAAUCGCCCAGCCUUGGGCCGGCGCGUCUUCGGCAGCACAGAAGAACGCAAACGCGACCGGCAAGUCCUGAAUGGCAUUGUCCACCCCGCCGUGCGGUGGGAAAUCUACAAAUCCUUAAUUUACCAUUACCUACGCGGCCAGUGGGCCGUCGUUCUGGAUGUACCGCUUCUAUUCGAGAGCGGAAUGGACCUCAUCUGCGGAACGGUGAUCGUGGUGGGUGUACACGACCCGGAGAUCCAGAUGGCGCGUCUGCGGGCGCGCGAUGCGCAUCUUACAGCUGAGGAUGCAGAGAAUCGCGUGCGCAGCCAGGGGGAUGUGCGAACGAAAGCGACGCAGGCGGAGUUCCGAGGCACUACGACGGCGCGCGGGGUAGUUGUUUGGAACGAUGCUGACAAGUCACAGCUGGAGGUUGCUGUGAAGGGGGCUAUGGCGAGUAUUGCGGCAUCGAGUCCGAGAUGGUGGGCAUGGGCGUUGCUGGUUGCGCCGCCGGUCGGGGUCGGAGUUGCAGCUUGGAAUUUGGUUGCGAAUUUCGCGACACAGAAGGGAUGGGAGAAGAAGAAGCAGGAGGAGAAGUCAAAGCUUUGA